AUGAAAAACGAUACAAAAGAAGAUGAUUUCAACCCUCACGAAAUCAAUGGAGAAUCUUCAAAUUGCUGGUGCGGUAAAGAAGCAGUUGUUCUGCAGAAUAACGGCGAGGAAAUACCUAACUGGAUCGUCGAAAUCGAAGUGGUCCAGCACGAGGGAUUUGAGACAGAUAUAGAGGACAGUAUGACUGACGUUCCAAAGAUGAAAUAUCAUCUGAAAUACGAAGACGAAGAAAAACAAGCGUUUUUAAGACACGAUGCAGUUAAUCGACGCAUGUUUCCUUUUGAUAUUUCCAGGCACAUAAAUGAUCAAGUGAGAAACCACUAUGAAAAGAUAAGAGAUGACCUGAAGAAAGAACUACAUGAAGAGCUGGCUAAGAAAGGCCUACCAAAUAAGCUGGAGCAUUUAGCACCAGUGGAAAUCGAAGGAACCAUGAGAAAACAAUUGGGAAGGCCGAUUCUCUCUGACGUUCAAAGAAUGCUCUCUUAG